AUGUAUUCAACAUCGGCUACGGAAUUUUUUUGUGAAACUUUCAUCAGUAAUCAGGAAUUUUUUAUCAAUCCUAUUCAAUAUUUUAUAAUAAAUGGUGAUUUUCCAUUUAAUUCAUUAAAUAAUUUAUUAUCUUGUCUUCCUCAACUUCAUUAUUUAUCAAUUGAUUCUCUAGUUAAUUGUCAUGAUACAGAAAGAGAAGAAUUAUCUCCUAUUGAAUUAAAAUAUUUCAAACAUGUUUCCCUUAAAUUGAAUUAUAUUGAUUUCGAUCGAUUGAAAAAAAUAAUAAAAAAUUUUUUUCAUCACGUUCAAAUUUUACGUCUUACAACAUGUUCUGAUGAAGAAUAUUUAAAUGCUAAACAAUGGGAAGAUUUAAUAUUAUCUUCUAUGCCAUAUUUACGUAUUUUUGAUAUAAAUCAUAAAGGUUCUAUACAAAAUAAUAAUUUAACAUAUCAUGACGUAAUUAAUCGAUUUAAUUUACCAUUUUGGCUUGAAAAAGAAUGGUAUUUUGCACAUCAACAUGAUUGGCCACACAGCUUAAAUAGUGGCAUUUUUUACUCAACAAAUCCAUAUCGAAGAAAAGAUUAUACAAUUUUUUCGAAAUCAGAUCAACAAAUUUGUUCAUGUACUGAAGAAAUGAAUUUAAAUUCAGUUAAACAUGUUUGCAUUCGUGGAGAAAAAUAUAUAACAAAUAAUCGCGAAAAUUAUUUUCCAAACGUUACUCAAUUGACUAUUAAAUGCUAUAUUAAAACAUUCGAUGAAUCAUUUAAAAUGACUUUGAAUCAUAUGAUUCCGUUAACACAGCUUACUACAUUAGUUAUUGAAUUAUAUAGUUCUUUUGAAGAUAUUGUCAAAUUACUAAGUUUUACACCUUACUUAUAUACAUUAAAAUUGCGUUCAUUAUCUCUGAAUGAAAUUAAUUUAAAUUUAAUUACACAAAGUGAAAUUUUUCAAUAUGUAUCAAAUACAAAUAAAAUAAAAAAUCUCGAUGUUGAUGAUUGUCACUCAUUGGAUAACGUUCAAUUGAUUGUUAAUUUAUUACCACAAUUAGAAUAUCUUAAAACUAGAGUGAAUAGAAAAGAAAUUAAAGAACUAAUUCGAUUUUUAUUAUCAAAAUCUAAUAUGAAGACACGACAUCUAUUCUUAUUAUGUAUUUCAGAUGUACCGAUGUCAUAUCCAAAAGAAUUAAAAACUUUAAUUAAAUUAGAAAAUUUACUUCAUGAUUAUUGUAUGAAAUAUCUUAAUCGUGACUUAUAUAUAUGGUGGUAA